AUGGGCGGCACACCUCCUCGUCCCUCAUAUAUCCCUGAAUGGUGCAGUUCUGUCACACCUGAAUGUCCUGUCGAAGGCACAAUCUACGGGUACACCCCAAAUCUCAUCGCCAAUGCCUUUUUCGCUGGCUUCUUCGGUCUUGCUCUCAUGAUUCAACUCUACUUCGGCAUCCGUUACAAGACCUGGACGUAUAUGAUCGCGGUUGGACUAGGAUGUUUGGCAGAAUGUAUCGGGUACAUUGGCAGAGUAAUGCUGAACAGCAAUCCCUACAAUGAUGCUGGUUUCAACAUCCAGAUCGUGCUGCUCAUCUUCGCGCCGGCGUUCUUGGCUGCAGGUAUAUAUUUGACGCUGAAACAUGUGGUCAUCCAGUUUGGCGCGGAGUGGAGUAGAUUGCGGCCGAACUGGUACACAUACAUCUUUAUCGCUUGCGACAUCUCUUCGUUGGCUAUGCAAAGUGCUGGUGGAGCGCUCGCGGCCACGGCAGAUUCGGGAGAGAGCAUCGGUGAUGUUGGAACGAACCUCAUGAUUGCUGGUAUCAUCUGGCAGGUUGUCGUACUUGUUAUAUUCGGCCUUCUCGUUUUGGAGUACAGCAUCCGCACCUACCGUCGCCGCGACCGCCUCUCUGCUUCGGCACUCACGCUCUGGUCCAAUAGACGAUUCAAGUUUUUCUGUGGCGCUGUUGUAGUCGCCUACACUACAAUCUUGAUUCGAUGUGUAUACCGCAUACCUGAAUUACUUGGAGGAUGGGGCGGUGAACUCAUGCGCAUCGAACUUGAGUUCAUCUUGCUGGAGGGCGUGAUGAUUGUGCUCACGGUGACGGCGCAAACGGUGUUCCAUCCGGGAUUAUGCUUCCCUGCACUGGGCAAUACCAUGAGCAAAGAAAAUUCCGGCUAG